CUCUUCUACUAUUUUCGUGUCCCACCAGCCACCACCAGUCGGCGACGGGCAAUUUCUGUCUCUGGCUUAGCGAUGCAGGCGCCACGUGGCGGCGGGUUCUUCGGGAAGCGGAAGGAGCGCGACUACUACUACCCCUACCCCUCGGUGUCGUCGUCAUCAGAGCAGGCGGUGCUGCUCCAGCGGCAACCGCCGCCGUACGCUAGGCCCGAGCCCGACACGCGGAGCGUCAAGCCGGAUCGCCCGGCGAUGAGGUUUGGUGCCAAGCCGCCGCUCCCUCAGCCGGGGGCCCAGGUCGGCUGCAACAAGCUGCUGGCUGGGUACCUGGCGCACGAGUUCCUGCGGUGCGGCACGCUCCUCGGCGAGCGGAGGCUGGAGCUGCCCCGUCUGAAGGAGAAGGAUCCCUCCGCCUCCACCUCCACCCCUGCGCCGGAGCCGAGCAGGCGCUACGCGGAGGUUUCGCGGCUGCUUAUGGCGGGCGGGGCCCGCAUACCCGGCGUCGUCAACCCGUCGCAGCUCGGACGCUGGCUCCGGAUCAAGGAGUGACCGGGUGGCCAUGCGCCCAGGCCGCUGGAGGUCGGGUGCAUGCGGAGCAUGGCCGCAUUGCCUACUGCUUCGUUCCCUCGUCAGCGGCCGAUCAGAGGAACCGUUGUUUUUGAACAAAGCAGGCGGGUUUCUCAUGUCUCAGUCUUUCUUUCCCUUCGAAAUUUGUCGUGUAGUAAUUAGUAAAUCAAGUGUUCUUGUAAAAAAAAUUAGGGUAGCUGUUGGACGAGAAAUUAUCUGCUGCUAGCUUUUGCUGCGUCGGUUCACAUUUUUUCCCCCGC